AUGGCGUCGUGGCCGUUCGAACACGGCAACGAAUUCGAACAAGAAGCUCGGAUAAAUAUGCCGGAGGAAGGAAUUGCCGAGAUUUUAGAAUUCCCGCGUCCCUUUCAUUCGAGCGAAAAGUCAAGUCGACAAGAGUCAGGAGCACGUGACGGUUUAAUAGCGAAACGCAGCGGAAUGGCGGUUGCGUUAGGCUGGGUGCGCAGCGAGAGACGGUCACGAGUGUUUGAAAUUUACACGAGGAGGCCGUGACCCACCUAUGGAAUAGUUCGCCAUGUCGUCGAUUCUGUCAUUGCGCGUCCUUAUUAAAACCUACUUCGAGCCGAUCCUUCGAUGACGACAGAGUCCUCACCUGCGGAGUCGGAAAGUCUGCGCAAAUCAAAAAACCCACUGAAACGGAUAAAGCCAACCUGAUGCGUCCCGAAGCGACGUGGAGGACAAAACGGGGAUGAGGAGGAAAAGGAGUGCUUUCGAAGAAGAGACCGAUCGCGCCGAUUAAACUCGCAUAGUCGCGAAGAUGCGCAUCAUUAGCGGGCAUUUAAAGUUCAGCUACAUGGAACUCGUUAUCGUGGGUGUUCUAUCGUGUUAUGUUAAUGCGAGGCACCGUGUACAACGAGAGUAUUACACAAUUGGAGGCGCGCAGAGGGUGAGAGAAAAACGAGGGCCGAUGUCCGAAAACCUGAAAAGGGUGUCACGACGCAGAGAAAUGUUCCUCUUGGUACACUUCGUAUCUAAAGCAUUUCCGAUAGGCGGCGUGGCAAGAGCGGGUAAUAGUGGUAAUAACAGCAGUGGUUGCAAUAACGUGACGUUAUGUUCGAGAAGCGCAUUACACAACUACGAAAGGCGCAAAGAAACAAAACGGCGAAAAGAUUUCAGGUGCUGGCUAUAUCCUGGCCUUUCCAGGAGUAUCUUUCGGUUGCACAAUCCGAACACGUCACGUAGUUUUGUAGAACUCACGUGCUAAUGAAGAAGCGUGCCACCUCGCAUAUUCAAUUACGCAUGUGCGCGUUCGAAUUAGAGUCUUCUGCGAGGAUUGCACCGACGCGUGUGAUAAUGCAGAAGGCCCGGCUCGUUGCGCUCAGAAGAACUAACGCGAGGCAGUUAUUAUGAAACAAGGAUGUGUCUGAGCGGAAAGCGGGUCAGUGCACGGCUCGUUUAUCUCUCUGCUUGUUCCUGGAUCGUUUCUCUUCUUUCCCGGUCUCAUUCUCGCUCUUUGGCAUCCUAUAUACGUGCAUCUUUCUCUUUUUCCAGAGGACCAAUCGGCGAUUGCGUGCACGCGUUUCGGGGCACCGCCGCCAGGUGGCAGCGUCGCCGAGGGGUUCCCUUAUCGCUGAUAAGACGAAUCCCUGUGCGGAUUGAGAGCGAGUAAUCGUUUAUCCAUAAGUCCUCUUAAUCGAAAAAUAAAUAUUUCUAGAAUCGAUGUGCCGAAUUUUGGCGUCAAGUAUUCGGUGCUUUGAAAUGUAUUUGGCGCGGCACUCUACCGAGUUUCCUGACCGAGGACUUUUUCCACUUUUCAGGGAACUCCUUUCCCGGAACUCUCUCUCCCGCGUUCGUCGGAAAAAUCGGGAGAGAGGAGCGCUGCUCCCUCCAGCCGAAGGUACGACGUCCUUGCAAGUCACGGGACUCGAACUCCGGGCAUCUAUCCUUGACUGUACAGAAUGCAAACCGACCGGAUAAAUAUUGGUCCUCCGCUCCCAGGGGCCUCAUACAAACAUCCACGGGAAAGCGCGCGAUCCCGUGACAUUAGACGACAUAUGUAGACGUGGAAUGCGCCUCCAUUUUAAGAUUAUUUUCACCGCUAUUAACACUUUCCUUUUUUUCCAGCCGAGCUCGACUAGACCGCAGACCGCAGGUCCUACGUCGGACGGAAGAAAAACGAAAGGAAAAGCGGUUCAGCGGAACAGGAAAGACGAACGUUAAUCCGCUAGACGCGAUUACGCAAUCCCGGGAGCCGGGGAAGAAGGAACGCCCGGAGCCUUGGCAUAUGGAGAUCCACCCGAAAAGGAGGAUUCGUCGAGUUUGAGCCGAACAAUUUUAUGAACGUUCGUCCGCUAAUAUUUGCCAUGGGGCAAUACAUUCUCACGGCCUCUCCUCUUCGCCGGUUUGGUCUCACUUCCCCGCCGAGCGAGAGGUUAGGAUCCUCUCCUCCAGGGGCAGCACCUGCGAAAUUAGAAGGAAGGACACCAGGUUUCCCAGGAAUAUCGAUAAACUGCCGAAUUAACUCAAACCGGAGCAAAAUAUUCGACGCCUCCCUUUCCCAGAAAAAGAAAAGGACUCUUCGGUUCCCGGUUACCAAGGAGUAUCGCUGAUCUGCCGAAUCGACUUCAGUUCGAAUGAAAAUAUUCGACUCGACGCAUCCCUUCCCAGGAGUGCCUUCAGGAUUGCCGGAAUUGCGCACGCUCCUCCAUUCCGCGGCCGCGUGUAUAACCUAUAACUAUAAUAACCAGGCAGUGGUAAUCCAGCGAGGUUGUUUGUGCCAUCAGCGAGAAAGAAAGAAGAGUCUCGAAGCCGACUCUUCCGUCUUCCUCGGACACUUUCACUAGAGUCCCGUGACUCGGGCCCCGCUUUGCCGCGCGUCCCUCUCACGUGGUUUGUGCCCCACCCCUCCCCGCGCCGCCCUAUCACGUGUUGCGUCCAACGCCAGCGCCGCCGCGGCGAAACUAUCGUCCAAUCGCGCCACGUGAUUCGGCCUCCGCGCGGGUCAUCUUCAUUCCUGCUGGUCCCGGCACCCGAGGAAUGAGGAAAAAUAGCGGCGGGGCCGAUUUCAAGAUCACGAGACGAGGAACUUGCCUUCGAGGUUUCGGAUUCCGCCGGGUAAAAAGAAGCUCCGGCUUCUCUUGGCCCUCCGGGCAUUAAUGGCAGAGGAAACUCCGGAGGAGCUCCGCGAGAUCUAUGACGUCGCACGUGUCGAGCUCCGGCUUCUACUCUGGCCAGGACUUGAUUACCUCCCCGGCGUCAAUUUAUAUUUUUUGGCAGGCACGAACACAAGUUUAUGAAUAGUUUAUUAUACAUCAGGUACCGCAAGUACGCAAGUUCUCGAGCUCGUUUUUUACGUUACGUUUACGUUACUACCACCAGGCUGCACCAUGUACACGAGGAAGCCAUUCAUGACCGCCAGUGUACAUACAUAGAGGCUACAUGUAUCGGCCAUCCAAGGAUCUCGUCUGGUUGUCCUGACGGACCUUGCGCGAAGGACUCUUCGGCUUCUCCGAAGUGCUCCUCCGUCGGGAUUCCUGGAGACCGGUCCUCGAGUUCUGCAAUGACUUUCUUGGUUCUGGGAAGUGCAACUUUUACUCAAGGAUGAGUGCUCGCCGGCACGUUACCGUUUCGUGGCCGGCGCGUCCGUUUGGUAUUCGGACUCUUCGGGUACCGUAAUGGCCGCAUCCUUGACCCUCAUUGUGAAACCGUGUACGAUGGCUCCGUUGCGACAGUUUUCCAUGUUUUUUUUUUCUUUCGCCCAGAAGCUUUCUAAGAAGGCGUUCUGCGUCCCUGGAAAUAAGGCACCUCGACAUCUAAUUGCCGUUUAGGCCGGUGAAAUCUAUGAAAGCAGCGGGUUAAAAAUAGGAGAAACGUCAAAUCGACCUUCUCGUCAGCGACGACGCGGAAUUUACGCGAUCUUUUCUUCACCCACUCCACGGAAUCCGGGAACGCAGGAGGAAAGAAAUCACGGUGGGCCUAAAAAAGGAGUCCUCGCAAGAAGUUUCCACAAUCGGAAUAAUUCUUAGCCGGAUGCGGAGGGCGAUGGAAUCCGGCGAUCGGUUAAAAUUAAACAUGAGGACACCUGUCGGCCAUUCCAACUGCCCAUGAUUAGGGCAAUGGGGGAGCCAUUCAACGAUUCCUAUUUAAUUACCCUCGUAAUUAUCACCGAUAUCAAUGGCAGAAUCUGAAGGAUUUUCGGAGAAGACGACCCCUUUCUGUGGACUUUCCAGGAAAGACACAUCUAAAAUCUAAAAUCGAGGAUCCUGGGACCCGAUUCUACGAGGAGCGACUCCACGUUGACCCCUCCGGUGGGAUUGUGUCAUCGAAUGCAUAAUACCGGCUUCAUUACACAAUAGGAAGAUCCGUUGCGAGAAACGAGGAAACGAGGAUUCCGUGACUCGCUAUCGGACAUCGACAUCGACUCUCGACUUCGACAGGAUAAGGCAGAGGCUUCGAACCUCCUGAAGUAGCGCAAUAAGUUCCCAGUCAGAAGAAACGUGCCGAUCGGUGCGGGUCAUCGCGUCAAAGAGGCCUUAUCCGACUCACCCUGGUCCACCCACGACGAGGACGUUCCUUGGAGAGGCACGAGACCCACGGCGAGGAAGAUAAGGAUGUAGAGAAAGACCUCAGCCGAGAGAGAAGGAGAGAGGCGAGGAGGUAGGAGAAUCGAUCCGGUCGGAGUAGGGUCGCCAGCUCGCAGGAGGGAGAGGUCUUUUAACCAUAGGAGAAGGUGUCCGCCGCGGUAAAUACGGAUCGCCUCGGUCCCGAGGAGCACUCCAAGUCCUAACCGGCGACGGACCGUUCAGGAACCCGCGACGGGGUCUUCGAGUCGGUCCCACCGGAUCUCGGAUCCUCUGAGAGCCUCCUCGUCCUCGAGGAAUCCUCGCGAAUCGCCAGCCGCGAGAUCUGGUGCAGUCGAUCCGUGUCGACCCUCAAGGGGACACCUCCGAUUUCUCAUUUUUCGCCACCUUUGGCUCACCCGGGACGCUUGCACGACCUCCACGUCCCGCUGAUCGCUUUCGACCUCUCACGCGGGAAGAAGGAGAAAGGGCCCGGAGAAAGAGAGAGAGACACCGGCUCCAUCGAUGUGCUCGGCGUGAUACCAGGGAUUUGGGAGAGGGAGAGAGAAAGUAGUGACAAGAGGAGAGAGGAACUUCGACGAUGAGGAGGAUCGCUUUCGCACGAACCAGCCUAGGACUGCUGUCUGCAGUUUUUGCCCUGAGCUGCGCACUUUCUCCGGCGGUUCACCAGUUCGACCUUUCCGAGUACGUCUACGGGGUGGACGAGGACCUGCAGGCGAGAGCACGCGUCGCGGUCGAAGCGGAGCGGCGGGCGUACCAGUCCUGGCCCAGAGAUGUAGCCGCGUCGGGGAACGCGGAGUGCAGGACGAGGGCAGAAAGUGCAUGUCCACCUAGCAAGUUUAGAACUCCCUCCGGAGCUUGCAACAACGUGAGGCAUCCUGCAUGGGGUGCAAGAGGGUCGCCAUAUUUGAGGAUAUUGCCGCCAUCUUACGCAGACGGGAUAUCCAGCCCGCGGCGGUCCUCGGGGAGCCACGAGUUGCCCGCGGCCUCGGAGGUGGUGUCCAGGAUCAGGACGGGAAGAGAGUCCCCCAGGUCCCACGAGGGCCUGACCAGCCUCUCGGGGAUUUGGUCGGAGCUGAUCCUGCGGGACAUCUCGUCCAGCAUCCACCCAGGUCACCUCGGCCAUGAGAGAUCUCGGGACCCCAGGAGUUCAGGAUGCUGCACGAGUUCCAGGAGACACCCCGAGUGCUUCGAGAGUCGGGGUCCAGAGGGAAAGUGCAAACCUUACUGGAGAUCGGUGCCCACCCUGAGCGCCCACAGCUGCGAGUUCGUCUCCAGGGAGCAGAUGAACGGCGCUUCGGGAUAUCUAGACGGGUCCGACAUCUACGGGAACAACGACGACAGGCUGCACCGCAUCCGGAGGUACAGCCACGGGAAGGUGGACCCGAACGGCUGCGAGGUCUGCAACGGGAUGUCGAACUCUUCGGCACUGGGGAGAAUUUACCACGCGUUGCUGAAGGAGCACAACAGAGUGGCCGACAAGCUGGCCGAGGGCAACGAGCACUGGGACGACUCCAGGAUAUUCCUGGAGGCGAGGAGAGCGGUGGUCGCCCAGAUACAGCACGUCACCUUCAACGAGUUCCUGCCCAGCGUCCUAGGAGAAGCCGCCCUGGUGGACCCGAAGCUGAGGCUGGCCAGGAGCGGCUUCUACAACGGGUACUCCAGCACCAACAGAGGAGGAGCCAUCGACGCCGCGGCGUUGGCGGCUCUCCAGGUCCUGACCUCGUUGAGGUCCAGCGGUUCCAAGGACCCGGAGAAACUGGAGUCGCACGUGAUGGCCUCCGCCAGGAGCGUGAACCUGGGGAUCCACAGGGAGGAGUCCUUGCGCUUCAAUAAUCUGGGCCAGUGGGACUUCACGGAGCUCCUGAUUCACGUGGGCAGGGACCACGGGUUGCCAGGAUACGUCGACUUCCUGGGGCACUGCUCCGGGAUCCAUGCGAUCAAUUUCACGGAUCUGCACGAGAUGAUGAGGAGCGAGGACGUGGCCAGUUUGUCCAGGAUUUACCACUCGGUGCAGGACGUGGACCUGUUGAUAGGAGGUGCAUUAGAGGUGCCCAGAGAAGGAGCAGUGGUGGGACCGACCUUUGCUUGCCUCCUGAAGGAGCAGUUCGCGAAGCUGAGGAACUCGGACCGCUUCUGGUACGAGAACGACAUCCCUCCUUCGGGGCUCUCCUCGUCCCAGCUGGCGGAGGUGAGGAAGGUGUCCCUGGCCGGCAUCCUGUGCGCCAACGCGGGUAUUCGCAGGAUCCAGCCCAGGUCCUUCAUCCAGGAGGACCCGUACCUGAACGCGAAGAUUAGCUGCGACCAGCACGGAGUCCUGGACCUGGUAGCCUGGACGGAAGAGCCCAUCCCGAUGCCCAUCGUGGACAACUCCAUGAAUCCCACGGUGGUCUCAGAGCUGAUCGCCCACCUGAACCCCGAGGUGAUCGCAGCCGCCGUGAAGAAGGCCGAAGAGGACCUGGUCGAGCGGAAGCAGCUGGAGUACAACGCCUGGCGGGAGCAGAGAAUAGCGGAUCCUAAAUCCCCGGCAGGCACCGCCGCCAGUUUCUCCAAGGCCAACAAGGACGCUCUCCUCCUGGCGAACUCCUCCAUCCUGUACGAGCUGGCCACCAACGAGAUCGUGAACGGUCCUCAUGGUCUGCGAAGAAGGAAGCGUCAGGUCUUCGAGAGCGCCGACAACGUCCUCGGGUUCCCCAGCAACGACUUCUCCGACUUGCUGCAGAGCGUCGACAUUUCAGGGUUCCUUCCGAACAACAAAGCGACGAACCACGACGAGGUCGACUGUCCAACGGAGGAUGGUCCCUGCGACCCGACGACGCCUUACAGGACCCUUUCCGGGCACUGCAACAACCUGAGGAACCCGAGUCUAGGCAGGUCCUUGACCACUUUCGCCAGACUACUGCCCCCAGUCUACGAGGACGGGGUCUCCAAGCCUCGGACGACCUCGGUCACGGGGAUCCCUCUUCCCAACCCCAGGGUGAUCUCAACCGUGAUCCAUCCGGACAUCUCGAACCUCCACAACCGGUACACCCUGAUGGUGAUGCAGUUUGCCCAGUUCCUGGACCACGACCUGACGAUGACGCCGAUCCACAAGGGCUUCGCCGAGUCGAUCCCCAGCUGCAGGUCCUGCGACUCUCCGAGGACGGUGCAUCCCGAGUGCAAUCCAUUUCCGGUACCAGCAGGGGACCACUUUUAUCCCACGGUGAACGUCAGCUCCGGGAGCCGCAUGUGCUUCCCGUCGAUGAGGUCGCUGCCAGGUCAGCAGCACCUGGGCCCCAGGGAGCAGGUGAACCAGAACACGGGAUUCCUGGAUGCGUCGGUGGUCUACGGUGAGAAUCCCUGCGUCUGCAACCUCCUGAGGGGAUUUAACGGGCGAAUGAACGUGACGUCUCACCCGAAUCGUGGCAAGGACCUCCUUCCGCAGUCGGCGACCCAUCCCGAGUGUAAGGCCAGGUCCAAGUUCUGCUUCAUAGGAGGGGACGGCCGGGUCUCGGAGCAGCCAGCCCUGGCGAUGAUGCACACCAUGUGGAUCCGGGAGCACAACCGCAUAAUGGAGGGCCUCCGCCAGGCGAAUCCCCACUGGGACACGGAGAAGCUGUUCCACCAGACGAGACGCAUCAUCAGCGCGAUGAUGCAGCACAUCACUUACAACGAGUUCCUCCCCAGGAUCCUCGGCUGGAACGCCGUUAGUUUGUACGGUCUGAAGCUGCUUCCCCAGGGCUACUACAAGGAGUACUCGCCGACCUGCAACCCGAGCGUCCUCAACGAGUUCGCCACCGCGGCGUACAGGAUAGGUCACUCGUUGUUGCGUCCUCACCUGCCCAGGAUGGACCGGAACUAUCAGCCGGUGGACCCUCCGAUCCUCCUCAGGGACGGCUUCUUCAAUCCGGACAUGCUGUACCAGCAGGGCAUGAUCGACGAGAUGAUCCGCGGCCUCGUGGCCACUCCCAUGGAGACCCUGGACCAGUUCAUCACCGGGGAAGUGACCAACCACCUCUUCGAGAACCUGAGGAUCCCGCACUCCGGGGUCGACCUGAUCGCCCUGAAUAUCCACCGCGCCAGGGACCACGGGAUCCCCUCUUACAACAAUUACAGGGCGCUCUGUAACCUGAAGAGGGCCACCACCUUCGAGGAUCUGUCCAGGGAGAUGGCCCCGGAGGUGAUCGCCAGGAUGAAGCGCAUCUACGCUUCCGUUGACGACAUCGACCUCUUCCCUGGAGGGAUGAGCGAGAGGCCUCUUCAGGGUGGCCUCGUCGGGCCGACGUUCGCUUGCAUCAUCGCCAUCCAGUUCAGGCAGUCCAGGAAGUGCGACAGGUUCUGGUACGAGACCGACGACCCCAACAUCAGGUUCACCGAGCAUCAGCUCGCCGAGGUCCGGAAGACCACCCUGUCGAAGGUCAUGUGCGAGAACAUGGACAACCAGGGCGAGAUGCAGCGGGCCGCGUUCGAUCUGCCGAAUAAUUUCUUGAAUCCCAGGGUCCCUUGCUCCUCCAUGCCUCACAUGGACUUCUCGGCGUGGAGGGAGACCAGGCACGGCUGCCAAAUCGGAGGUCGUAACGUCGCGGUCGGAGAAUCCGGAUUUCCCACGCCUUGCACCAGCUGCGUGUGCACCGCCGAAGGGACCCAGUGCGCCUCCCUAAGGGUGACGGACUGCAAUCAGCUCCUGAGGGAGGCGUCGAGAGAGGCGAUCCUCCGGGACGACGUCUGCACGGCCCAGUGCGGUUUCGUCCUGGCGACCUCCGAGUCCACUUCCAGGCUCCAGUUCACGACCCCCAGCAGUUUCCCCGGUUUCCACCACGCCAGGAACAACCUGAGAAGCUCGCCGACGCCGGCGUCGUUCAACGGCUUCAAGUUGCCGGACCUCUCGCAGUUCAUCGGCUGAGCGCCGCGAAAAAAAAGGGAUAUCGCGAGAGGCCAGGAAAACGGGGAGACGAGAAAUUUCCAUCCCGAGGGGAGAUAACGAGGACUUAAUUCCACCGCGCGAAAAAAAAAGACCUCGAUUUUCCACUUCCCGGCAGAUCGCCGAGUGAUCGAUCCGAGCCAGGAUCCAAGAUCCUUGGUCCUCCUCGAAACUGUACAGAAGGUGGAAUUUUUUUUUUAUUCGACGAGAAUUGGGAGUGCCAGAGACGAGUUCCGAUUCGGAACGCGCUGCCGAUACUGUAACUCUCUUCGACAACCGUAAUACCGGAGAACAUCAUCGAUCGAGUCGUUCGGGAUGAAUUUUCGGAUUUUAAGCAUCAUUCGAAUAAAAUCCGGGAUUUCAUGCCGAGCGACCCAAUGCGUGCACGGUACACUGGUAAACAUGAAUGUCUUCUCGCGUUACACUGGCAGUAGGGUAUACCACGUGUCCAGAAGGCAGGCAUUAACGUUUAUCGGUGUACUUUGCGGAGUCUCCCUGGAAUCCUUCGAAUCCCGGAUUUUAAGCGGCGCUCCCGUUCUCCAUCUCCCACUUUCCGUUUCCAUUGAGCACUAGGCGUUGCAGUAUUAUCGGUGGGUUUCGAAAUACGGCCUGAGGAGUACCUGUUGGAAUGUAAAUAUAGGAAGUAAGCUCGACUCAUGUACUGGGUGUCCGGCAACCAUCGCGCGGCAUUUACACAUAGGGAGUGCACGGGAUAAUCCCGACAUUUUCGAGAAAUCCGUAAUCGUUUCUUUUCUCUGCCUUUUUUUUUAUCCUCUACUUCUUAAGUUAAUGUUAAGACUAACGAAAGCUGCCGAUCGUAAUUUUCUGGAGGUCUCCCAUGUAACGGAGGAUACCUCUCUCGGUAUAUAUAUAUAGAUAUAUUUAUUACUCGCG